AAAGAUUGGACGCUAAAGAGACGCUUGAGAAAAUGAACUCUUGAAUAGCUGUCAAGAUUAACACUUAAAAACAUCUCAACGGCACAUAGGCAACCGUGACUACGUUAUCGCUAACUUCGACAUACACAACAAGGUGUGAUAUCUGGGUCAUAGUGAAUCUGAGUAGUGAUGGAGGGUCAGGAUAAUGCAGAACAAGGUGGCAGCGAUCAGUCAGAAAUGCAGCGCAGAAGACAGCUGGACCGUCUUGACCGAGAAGAAGCCUUCUACCAGUUUGUCAACAAUCUCAGCGAGGAAGACUAUAGGCUCAUGAGAGACAACAAUCUGCUUGGCACCCCCGGUGAAAUAACUGCAGAUGAACUGUUGAGUCGUCUUCGUCAAAUCAAGCAUGGCCCCGAGCCGCCCGGCAAUGAAAACACAGAGGAAAGAAGGGAAGAGCCUGCUGUGACAGAGUCUGAGGGCACCGAGGAAAACCCCAGUGGGGAGACCCUUCUUGACUGGCUCAACACAGUUCGACAGACGGGUAAUACAACCAGAAGCGGUUACCGGGGUAACCAGUCAUGGCGGGCUGUGAGCCAGACCAAUCCCAACAGUGGAGAUUUCCGCUUCAGUUUGGAAAUCAAUGUCAAUCGAAACUUAGCCGAGCAGCAAACGCAGACAGAGAGAUCGGAAGGCAGCCAGGAAAGACCAGAUGGACCCGUGUCUGAGCCAGAGAGUCUUAUGGAGACAGCAGAGGUGGUUGAAGAGCCAGUGGUGGAUGAGGUGGCUGUGAUAGUCGAGCCAGAUUUGUCUCUAAACAGAGAAGUUAGCCCACCAAGCGCACCAAGCCCACCAAGCCCACCAAGCCCACCAAGCCCACCAAGCGCACCAAGCGCACCAAGCGCACCAAGCCCACCAAGCCCACCAAGCCCACCAAGCGCACCAAGCGCACCAAGCCCACCAAGUCCACCAUCCUUGGCAUCAGUGGAGCAACCACGUAGAGGUCAAGUAAGGGCUCGCAGCAGAAGCCCAGAGCAACGACGGACGAGGGCUCGUACCGCAAGAGGUCGGUCGCCUCUCAACCUUGAAAGAUUAGAUGGACUUUCUCCCGCUCAGCAUGGCCUACCUCCUCGCACUUCCGAGAGCCUUCCCGAGCCCCAGGUGGAGGGUAGCUCAAGGACUCGUCAGCUGUUUUUGUCUAGGCAGAGCACGGCGGAAGUGGACGCUCAAGAAUCGGGAGCAGCCCCCGAGGCACCGCAGGAAAGAGAGACGCCAGCUGGAGAAGCGGGAGCUUCAGGGCGACGUCCACCAACUAUAAUGCUGGACUUGCAAGUACGUAGAGUACGUCCCGGAGAGUAUCGCCAGCGGGACAGCAUCGCUAACCGCACAAGGUCUCGUUCGCAGACCUCCAACAACACUUUAUUAUACGAGACCGAGCGCGGUGGUUUCCGCCGGACUUUUUCGCGUUCCGAACGGGCUGGAGUGAGAACGUAUGUCAGCACCAUCCGCAUUCCCAUUCGGAGGAUUUCGGAUGCCGGACUGGGGGAAGCCACUUCCUUGGCUCUGCAGUCCAUGAUUCGGCAGAUCAUGACUGGCUUCGGUGAGCUCAGCUACUUUAUGGACUCGGACUAUCCUGACUCCAACCGUGAGGAGUCAGACAGCCCGCCGGCGGACAUCGCCGACGCGCUGAGUAACCCUGAUGUGUCUACUGGAACCGCGGAUUCCUUCGUUUCUGGGUCCGGAGGCUCCAACCAGAGCGAUUUAGAGGCACGGACAGAAGAGAGGGAGGUGGAAGGUGGAGUUCCCAGCGCUGCGUCUCCUCGCGAGAGCCGGGCCAGACCUCGAGCUCCCAUUAGCCUGGAUGAGACCGGCUCUCUGCCUUUUCUGCGACUCGCGCACUUCUUCUUACUCAACGAGGAUGACGACGAUCAGCCACGAGGCCUCACCAAAGAGCAGAUCGACAACCUGUCCAUGCGAAACUUUGGCGAGAGUGAUGCGCUUAAAACCUGCAGCGUCUGCAUCACGGAAUACGCCGAAGGCAACAAGUUGCGGAAGUUACCCUGUUCUCACGAAUACCACGUGCACUGUAUCGACCGCUGGCUUUCCGAGAACUCCACCUGCCCGAUCUGUCGCCGGGCGGUUCUCGUUUCCGCCAACCGCGAGAGUGUCGUCUAGCCACAAUUGGUUCUGUGGCACGAUUCCCACCUCUUUUCCUUAGUGUGUAGUCAUGCAAGGACUUGUAUUCAGACUUUUUCCACACAUCCUAUAUGAAGCCUGAAUCAUUAGGUUUUACCUUAUUUAAUGGGCUUGGCCAAGAAUAAGUUUGUAUGCAAAACUACAGAUCAGUGUAUUUCGACCCAUCUCACCGUGGAAUAAAUUUGGGUGCACGACACAACUGAUGUGGGCUGUGCUACAGUUCUAAAUUCUCACUUCACAUUGUUUUUUUAGCAUGAUAUGAGGGUGGUAAACAUGAAGAGAUUCUUUCAUUUUAAGCGAGCAUCCACAUUAGGUUGCAAUAAAAGUUAAGUAGAUGACACUGCUGCCCAGGUCAGUUCAACAGUCGCUUGACAGUUGCCAUUCAGUUUGGGUCUUAAAUAUUUGUGGUUUCAUACAGUGUUGGUUGUGUUUCAAUUAGAAAGAAAGUCUGUUUUGCAUCAUGAAUGUCUAAACAGCUGACAGUAGAACAUUUCAAGCAGUGUUCCUGAAUGAAUAUGUCAUCCUCUAAAGAAGAGAUUAAUUUGUCAUUUGAGUGUUCUGUAACGCUCUGGUUUUGAAAACCACACGGUCAGACGCCUAAACGACAAAAAAGGCUGUAAAUAUGCUACGCUGAGGCAUCAGGUCUUCCCAGAUUUGACCAUGAUACAUCAGAUGGCUGAUUCAAACACACCUCACACACCAAAAACCGGUGCGGCGAUGUAUAGACAACUUUGUGCAAUGCUAAUAGAGGAGAAAUGUAUAGAACAUGUUGACAUUGUACGUUGUAGUCUGUAAAUAUUAACACUUAAAAUGAAGACUUAAGUUUUUCUAAUGGUUGUGUACAAUGAAAAUAGCACCAUUUAUCUUCGUCGAGGAGGAAUGAUUAUUUUCUCAUCAUGUAAUGGUUGGUUUACAUGGGUGCUCUUUAGUCCCAUGAGGGUACAAAAAUGCAGUGUUAUUAUUUAGAGACAAUAUAUUAAAAUAUCUGAUGUCAUUG